AUGAGUCUUCGCCAAUUCUCAACGUCGACUAGAUCAUCAGCAUUUAAACUCCCUUGGUUUAGUCAGCAGCUGCAGAAGUUCUCUAAGCAGCUCGAAGCUCAGCCUGAGUUGAGCGAGAAGCCAGCACCAAAGGAUACUUCAUCUUCACUUAUACAGCCAACUGCAAAGCCCUUACCAAUUCCAACACAGACACACACCUCUCACUCCUAUUCUACCGCUUGGUUUAAAAUUUCUCAUAAAAAACUAAACGAUUUGGGUAGACAGAUCGCCCAUAAGCCAAUAGAUAGCGCUAUUCUCCAGAUGCAAUUCAGUGAAAAGAGGGCUAGUAAGAGAAUCAAGAGUACUCUCGUGCUGGCUAGAGAUCAUGCCAUUGCCAAGGGUCUUGACAGACACAACCUUGUCGUUAAUCAAGCAUACGUUAAUAGAGGUACGCCUGAUAAGAGAAUUGAUAUUAAAGGUAGGAUGAGAACUGGUAUUAAGCAGCAUCCACAGUCUAGGCUUAAGAUACUACUCACCCCUCACCCCUCAAUAUCUCAACAAAAGGACCAAAAGUGGAUGAAAAUUCUCAACAAAACUAGAUCACCUGGUGUGUUGGAUUCCAACCUUCUCUUAACCAAGAACCACGAGGAAAUGCCUACGCCGGGACAGUUAGACACUUCAGCCAUAUUCAACGCUGAUAAAGCCGCGCGUAACGCAGCUCAAGAAGCUGUUGUAAAAGUUAUCAAGGACGGUGGCCCUGCUGCAGUCGCCACUCUCUCUCUCCCUGAAUCUAUCCUCGGCGGUUUAUCUGAAAAGAAGAACGAAACCGCUAGACAGGGCGCAGCCGAAUUGAUCUCUGCUAUCGUCGCAGGUGGCCAAUUCACUCCUGUUGAGCCAUACCUCCUUCUUUCAACCCAACACGACGUCUUUGGCGCUCUCUUGGAAGCUUUCGCUGAUAAGAGCAAUGCUGUUAGAGAUGCUGCUGUCAAGGCCGUUGAAGAUUUCGUCGCAGUCAUGAACAACUGGGCCACUGCCUUCAUUUUGCCACCACUCCUCGAGCAAAUCAGAACCGCAGGUAAAUGGCAAAUUAAGACUGGUGGUUUGGCUGUUCUCAACAAGCUCGUUGUAUCUGUCCCUGACCAAAUGGCUCGUCUCAUGCCGGAUUGUAUGCCUGUUCUUGCUGAAGUUAUGUGGGACACCAAAUCAGAUGUCAAGAAGGCUGCACGUUCUUCUUUGAAGAAGCUUUGUUCUCUUGUCAACAACAAGGAUAUUGAAAAAUUCAUUCCUGCACUCCAAGAAUGUCUCAUCAACCCAGUCGAAAAGGUCCCAACAACUAUCCAAGUUUUGGCCGCUACCACUUUCGUUUCUGAGGUCGACUCACCAACCCUUGCCCUCAUGGAACCUCUUCUCUCUCGUGGUCUCGCUGAACGUCAAACUGCUCUCCGUCGUAAGACUGCUGUCAUUAUCGACAACAUGUCCACCCUCGUCGACAACGAGCGUAUCGUUCGUCCUUUCCUUCCAAAGCUUCUUCCAGGUCUUAUCAAGAUUGAGGAAUCUGUCGCUGACCCAGAAGCACGUUCUGUCGUCAACCGCGCUAUCAAGAAGCUCCGUCAAGUUGGUAGCGUACCAGAAAACUCGGAUGGUACCGAUCUCCCACCAAUCAAAACCAUCGAACUCAACCACGUUGUUGAUGUCUUAGUUGCCGCUCUCAAGAACACUGGUGACUCUCUCGCCAAGGCUGACGACUGCUUCGUCGCAUACAUUGCCCGUCUCGGCCAAGAGCUUUCAAAUGCUCGCUGCGGUGAGGAAACUGAGUGGACUUCUGCUCUCGUCCAGCUCAUCUCUCUCCAACUCAACGCUGUCGACCCAGCCUCUGUCAACUCACAAGCAAAGGCCGUCGUCAAGGAGUUGCUCGAAAAGACCUCCGCUGACGAUGCCGAGGUUGAGCACGUCUUCCCUGACGAAGAGGAGGGUGAAGAUCUCUGUAACUGUACCUUCUCAUUGGCUUACGGUGCUAAGAUUCUUCUCAACACCGCCACCCUUCGUCUUAAGAGAGGUCACAGAUACGGUCUCCUUGGUCGUAACGGUACCGGUAAAUCCACUCUCAUGAGAGCCAUUGUAAAUGGUCAAGUUGAAGGUUUCCCAUCACCAGACGAAGUCCGUACCUUCUACGUCGAGCACGACAUUGACGGUAGCGAGGAAGACACCACUGUUGUCCAAUUCGUCCAAGCUGACAAGCGUAUUGAGGCUGACGAAGCUGAGAUCAGACAAGGUUUGGCCACUGUCGGUUUCAGUGAGGAGCGCCAAGACGAGUCCAUCGGCUCUCUCUCUGGUGGAUGGAAGAUGAAGCUUGCCUUGGCCAGAGCCAUCCUCUUCAAGGCCGACAUCUUGUUGCUCGAUGAGCCAACCAACCACUUGGAUGUGUUGAACGUGCAAUGGAUCAUUGACUACCUUACCUCCCUCACCCACUGUACCUCCAUCAUUGUGUCCCACGACUCGGAGUUCCUCAACAAGACCAUCACCGACGUCAUCUACUUGAGCAAGUUCAAGAUCAAGCGUUACCCAGGUAACCUCGAGAACUUUGCUAAACUCGUCCCAGAGGCCAAGUCCUUCUUCGAGAUUGCCGCUAGCGAGGAGUACAAGUUCAUUCUCCCAGAGCCACCAAUGUUGGAGGGUGUCAAGACCAAGGAGAAGUCGCUGCUCAAGAUGCGUAAGGUGAACUUCCAGUACCCUACCGCCAAGGUGCAACAGCUGUUUGACAUAACGCUGCAAGUAUCCCUCUCGUCACGUGUUGCCGUCCUCGGACCAAACGGAGCGGGUAAAUCGACGCUCGUCAAGCUGCUCAUCGGUGACAUUGAGCCAAACAUUAGCGGUGAGGUAUGGAAGCACCCUAACCUGGUUAUCGGAUAUGUCGCCCAGCACGCCUUCCACCACAUCGACAACCACCUCGACAAGACCCCACUCGAGUACAUGCUCUGGAGAUACCAGACAGGUGAGGAUCUCGAGGAGAUGAUGAAGGAGACGCGCCAAAUCACCGAGGAGGAGGCUGAGAAGAUGAAGAACGGCUCUGUCGUCAUCAUCGAAGGCCAGAAGCGCUACAUUGAGGAGAUUGUCGGCCGUAAGAAGCUCAAGCAAUCUUACGAGUACGAGUGUGGCUUCAAGGGCAUGUCCUCUGCUGACAACAUGUGGUUCUCUCGCGACGAGCUCGUCAAGAGAGGUUUCGAGAAGAAGGUCAUGGAGGUUGACACCCGUGAGGCCCAGAGACUCGGUAUGAUGAGACCACUUGUGCGUAAGGAGAUCGAGAAGCACUUUGAGGACUUUGGUCUCGAGUCAGAGUUCACCACCCACAACACCAUGAGAGGUCUCUCUGGUGGACAAAAGGUCAAGGUUGUUCUCGGUGCUGCCACCUGGAGAAAGCCACACGUAAUCUGUUUGGAUGAGCCAACAAACUAUCUCGACAGAGAGUCACUCGCAGCACUCAUUGAAGCCCUCAAGGUCUUCGGUGGUGGUGUUUUGAUCAUCACUCACAACAGAGAAUUCUCCGAAUCGAUCUGUUCCGAAGUUUGGGCAAUGAGAGACGGUUACUUGGAAGCAUCAGGUCAUAAUUGGGCAAGUCAAGGUAAGACCAAGAUUGAGAAGAAGGACGAUGAAGAAGACAAGUUUGAUGCCCUUGGUAACAAGAUCGUCAGCGAAAAGAAACAGGCCAGAUUGAACGCCUCUGAGCUCAGAAAGAAGAAGAAGGAACGUAUGGCGCUCAAGAAGAAGGGUAUUGACGUCGACGACAUGGAAGAGUUCGAUGACAUCUAG